AUGCACAGUGUCAGCUGCUUCUUAAAAGAACAUGAAGGAGUGGCUAACGGGCCACUGUCGGCGGCGGUACCGCUGUGGAAUGGGCUGCGAUCCGAUCAGCCGCCGCAGCUGGCUUACGAUCAGUCAAAGCUCGCUAACGGUCAUUUGUUUGCCGCUAGAGAACGUUCCGAAAAUCGGCUGGGGAAUGGAAUUAUCAGUACUCAUUUCACUCUUUUCUCCGGUGACUGCAAAAGUAAUGAAAAUGGAGAUAAAGCUCCAUUAAUGCAGACAGUCUCCUCGGUCGUCGAAGCUCCUACAAUGGAUUUUCGUGGGCACUUCGAGCUUGGAUUCGGCCAACAAAUGAUUUGUGGGAAAUAUCCAUAUGCGGAGCAGUGCUAUGGAGUGUACUCAACUUACGGAAGUACUCAAAUUGCGGGGCGUAUGAUGUUGCCGUUCAGCAUGGCUAGUGAUGGAGGGCCGAUAUUCGUAAACCCAAAGCAGUACAGUGGGAUCAUUAGGCGCAGAAAGAAGCGCGCUAAGGCUGAACUGCAGAAUCGACUACUCAAACUCCGCAAGCCAUAUCUGCACCAUUCGCGCCACCUCCAUGCAAUGAGGCGUCCAAGGGGAAACGGUGGCCGCUUCCUCAACACAAAAAACUCCGGCGACACCACAAAAAAAUCCGCCGGAGAAAAACAGCUCCGGCAGCAGAACUUUGGCGGUUCCAACGAGAGCAGCAGCAGAUCCACCAGCCCAGGCUCAGAGGUCACCACCAGCAACGAUCACGGUGGCUACCUUUUUUCCACCGCUGUUGCUUCUGCUGCUACUACUACUACUACUAUUAAUACUGAUGUUCAGUAUCCUUUUCAAAUGAAUCACGUCCAUCGAUCAUUUCAUCAAUUUACGGAUCGUGCGGUGAAUACAGCGCCACUUGGCAUUGCGAUGGCCGGUUCAGGUGGUAAUUACCUGAAAGUUUGAUGAUCUGAUGAGAGGAGAAAUAUGGGUGAGAAAAUGAUAAUAAUUAUUAUCAAUUCUCAUUCAGUGAUUUGUUCGCUUGGGCAACUCAUUCUUGGCUAUCUCCCACAUCGGAGUAAAAUGAAUCUAUCUUCGAAUAACAACGAAUAUUCCAGUAUUAAAUAAUAUGUUUAAUACGUCCCCCUAAUAAUUUAGUGCAGAAAAUGUAUGGAAGUACUGCUUAAGUUGUAGUAAUUUUAUUUGCUGAUGUUUUUUUUUUGUGUGUGUGUGUGUGUGUGUGUGUGUGUUAUCGAUCUUCAUGUAAUAACGAUAUUGUGGGAAUAUUUUUGUACUUUUGUAAUAUGCUCUUUCAGCUCAUACUAUCUCAAUAUUCGCUGGUUCAG